AUGGCAAACAUACUGAGGCUCGUGGUUGUGGUGUGCGGCUUUUGCAGCUCGGAUGUAGCUUUCGCAGGAUUCACCACCAGAAAACUGGGGCCCCAGCCCAUUUGGAAUUCCACAGUCACUGAUAAGUUAAGACAAGACCUCCUGCUUAAUUAUGAUAAAUUCGCAAGGCCAGCGCAACACUACAACACGACGAAAGUCGUCUUUGGUUUAACAAUACGCCACAUCGAACUUAACGAAUUCAAAUCGACACUUGUGGUCCAUUCGUGGAUACGUCUGAGCUGGAAAGAUGAGAAACUGCAAUGGAAUUCAACAAAUUACGGCGGGCUUGAGACGCUCAACUUGGCCGAUCACGAAAUUUGGCAACCGGACAUAUUUUUGUACAACAGUGCGACAAGUUCUGGCAUUACCCACUACGGUAAUGUGAAUUGCAUAGUUUACGAAGGUGGGGACGUGCUCUGGGUGCCCCCGGCACAAUUCAGUGUUUUGUGUAAUUUGAAUUUGAAAUAUUGGCCUUUUGAUACGCAACGGUGCGAAAUGAUUUUUGGGUCCUGGACCUACAAUGGGGACCAAAUUGAUAUCGACCCUGAUAACGACGGAGUCAAGAUGGAACUUCUGAUCGAAAACUCGGAGUGGAAUAUAGUCGACAAGUCCUUGAAGAAGAACAUGAAAUAUUACGCGUGUUGUCCGAGCCCUUAUCCAGAUAUCACGAUCGAUCUCACCCUCAGCCGAAUCUCACCCUCCUACAAAGCCCUUAUUGUUACACCAGCUUUCGUUGUGAUAAUUUUAGUGUUAGUUAAUUUUUGGCUGCCACCCCAAGCAGGCGAAAAACUCAUCCUGAACGGUUGUACGGCUUUGAUUAUUUGUUUAUUUAUGUUGUAUUUCACGCAGAAGAUACCCACCAUGGGCACGCACACGCCUCUGAUUGUUUUUUUCUACAGUAGUUGUUUGUACGUAGUCGGGUUUUCGAUAAUUACCUCAGUGGUGGUAAUUUGGUUAUCGAGGACUAAGCACAGUUCGCCCCUGCCUUGGAUUGUUAAGCAACCCCUGACUGGAACAUUUGGUAAAAUUCUGGGGCUACAAACUUACAUCCAACAGUCGUCAAUGACAUCGCAUAGGGUCACAGCUGAGGAAAUGCGAGACCACCAGGUUACAGAUUUCGACGAGAAUAACAGUGGAGACGAGCACCACAUAAUCAAAUCGUCCAAUAAAAUGUCCCUACAGCAGGACUGGAUUUUACUAGCAGCGGCCAUAGAUCGGAUCACUUUUUGCUUUUUCUCUUUCCUAUUCCUCAUUUUAACCAUAGUUUAUUCCGUGUGA